AAUAGAUUAUAAUUAAUAAUUAAUAAACUGAAAAUAUUUUAUAUAUAUCCGUUGCUUUGUACAAAUUGUUGGAUUUGUAAUUUCGAGGGUCGGAACAAACGUUUGCAAUUUUAGAAAUUCCAAUCCAACCGAGUACUCUUACUACCCUAGGCGGGAAACCCAAAAAACUAAUUACCGACGAUGAGGGGACGCCGCCGUCCGACGGAAUCCAUUGGCCCGGACCGCCGCCCGCCUCCUCCUACCCCCACCAGCACCGCCGAUCCAUGGCAUUUCCUGGCUACCCCAGUCCCAGGACGCGAAUCAGACGCCAGCUUCUGCAGCAGCCGUCCCUCCACCGCCUCCGUCGUCCGCCCCUCCACUACCCUCCCGAAUUUCUCCGACCGCUCCCACCAAUUCGCCGCGCUCAGAACCAUUAACUCCUACCUCGCCUCACAAUCUGUCCCUUUCGCCCUCAAGCCCCCUCUGCCAUCCGCAAAGGACGUAACCGAAACCCUAAAAUUUCUGCUGCACCGCCUCGGGUUCACCUCGCAGAAGAUCGACGAAGAUCUCGGCCACGCUCUGAAGUUCCUCAAUUGCCCCUUCAAACUGAACAAAUCCGCCCUGCGUGCUCCCGGCACGCCCCACUCAUGGCCCAACUUGCUCGCGGUUAUUCACUGGCUGGUCCAGAUUAUCAAGUACAAAGAUUACACGAUGACCCCUCCCCCAAACUUUGAAGGUGAUAAAAUGUUCAUGUACACUGUGAAUAGCUACCUGCUGUUCAUCAGUGGAGAUGAUGAUAAAAUAGAUGCUCUGGAUGAAGACUGCAUUAGGGAGAUGACUGAGUGGAAGGAUACACUGGAGGAGAGAGUGAAGGGCUUUGAGGAAAAUGUGAAGGAAUUGGAGUCGAAAUUGGAUGCUAUGAAGGCAGGGCCGACUCAGAAAGAAUGUCUGGAGCAGGAAAAGGCCGUUUUGGAGAAGGAUAUUACCAAGUUCAAUAUUAUGAUCGAGCAGUUGUUGAGCCAUCUGACUGAGGUGCAAAAGAAAUUGGAGGAGAAGGGUAAGGCAGUGGAGGCAAAAGUGGAGGACAGGAAGAAGAUUUGUGAGGAGAACGAAGAGUUGAAGAAGAGGGUUGAGGAGCAAGGAAUUAAUUUGAGAGAUGCUGAGAGAAUGAAGAGGGAGUUGCAGGCUGUGGAGCGGGAUAUUGAGGAGACCGAGUCUGCAAGAAAUGGCUGGGAGGAAAAAAUAUGGGAGCUUGACCCGGAAAUUGGUCAUAAGUUUAAGGACCUUGAGCGGUUGGUGAUGGAGGCUAACCAAGCUAUCAGAAGGUUGAAGAUUGGAAAUGGAUUUCAGUAUCAGUUGAAUGCCAGGGGAUUGACACCAUCUGAUGUGCUGGGGUUAGACUACAAAUCAGUACUGAAGCCUGCACUUGCUUUAUUCAGUGAGGACAUUAAAAGAAGUUCAAUGGGGAAAUUGGAGGAGUUGAUUUCUCUUCGGCAACAGUCGGGUGAAAAUACUGCUAAGCUUGAGGAGAGACGGAAUCAUAUUGCUGCUCUUCAGUCGCAUAUUGAUGAGGUUGAAGCUCAGUUGAACAUGAUAAGAAAAGACACACAUGAAUAUACCUCUAGAUGUGCAGCAGAAGCAAGAAAACUGGCAGAUGAAGUUGACCUGGAAGCUCAUAGUAUGUCUGUUGUAGAAAAUGAAGCUGCAGAGUUUCUGAAGACUUCGAAGUUGGAAUUGGAAGCAGCAAUAGCGCAAGCUGAGGAAGAGGUUAAAUUGUGCGCUCAGGAACUCUUUAACUUGAUUAAUUCCGUGUCUACACAUAAAGAGUAUGUGGCAUCAAAAAUUGCUAGGAUGAGGACCGAUCUUCUAGAAACUGCUGGUGCUGUGGCUGACAUAUACAAAGGACAUCGGCAAACUUCGUCUGAGAUCUGGAAGGAUGGGUUCUUGUGCAGGAAUUAUUCUUCCAUCCUUACCUCAGUUCCCAGCUUCCAGAGUGAUUCGCCGGCAAACUCUAUUUCGCAGGCUUCAAGUGGCUUGCUUCAUGGCACCUCCGCUCUCGUUGCCUCUAUUGCUCUCAUCGCAUUUGCUUCCGUUGCUAUUGCUGCUCUCGGCGCUGUGCUGCUCCAGUGGGGCCGGCCUCGUCGCUUUUCGGGCCCUUUCUCUCAUGCAGAGAAGAUAUCGAGCUUAGUCACCAUCCUUUUAGCUCUGUUCCCAAAAAAUUGUGCUUUGCUGUCACUGCCCGCUCAGGAAAGAGGUUUUCCGGCUGCCGCUGCAUUGGCCAGUCUUCCCCUUAGCUCCCCCAGCUCUCCUCUAACCUAUGGCCACUUGUUAGGGUUUGGAGGGAUAAGGGAUGACGUGGCCCGUUCACCAAGCACCCCUUUGGACUUGAUCCCAGUUGGGCCUCCAUUGGCUUUUGGCUCCCUGGGUCUUCCUUUUGGGCCUGCUACCCAACCCAUUAUUCAUUUCACCUCUCCAGCCCAUUCUACCCCUCCUCAGCCCACCUUAUCCCAGCCCGCUCAAACACCUCCACCUUUAAGUCCAACAACAUCCCAGCUAACUAUUACCUCUUCUCAGGCCACUCUUUCAACCCACUCCCCACCAAACCCACCUGCUGAAGUCUUAUCCGAACCGCCAUCGGAUACCUCCUCUGCCGCCCUGUCGGCGGCUGCCGCCACCACUCUGUCGCCAGCAAGGCCCCAGCUCCAGCGACGGCGCUAG